AUGGCUAUACAACCAUUUGAUGGAGGAGGGGAAUUUAAUUCAAGUCAUUGUAUUUGUUCUGAUUUACAACACGAAGAUUAUUCACCUUUAUAUGCUUGGUUUAAUUAUAUUGUUAUUAUUGUUAUGUUACCUUCCCUUUCUGUAUUUGGUGUAUUAACUAAUUUUGUUAAUAUUUUUGUUUUUACCCGUCCUUGUAUGAAAAAUUCAUCAAAUACUUAUUUACUUUUCUUGGCCUUCUCAGACUUUUCUGUUGUUUUGACUGGAUUAUUUAUUUUUUGGAUAGACUCUGCACGUUCUUAUAUUCCCCAAUUAGUACAAGCACCCUACACUACAGUAUAUACUUUACCUUUUGGAUAUAUGGCACAAUCCUGUUCUAUUUAUUUUACUGUAGCAGCUGCUUUUGAUUGUUAUAUUUGUGUUUGUUGGCGCAAACACUCCCCCUUUCACUGCACAAUUAAAAAAGCCAAAAAUAUAAUUUAUUUAACAAUUAUUUGCUCUAUAAUUUACAAUUCUUUACGUUUUCCACAAUUUAAUUUGAGAAAAUGUAUUCACGAUGGAAGUGGGGAUAUGAUUAUUGAAAUAUGCCCAACAUAUUUAUUUUAUCAUAUAAACACUAUUUAUAAUGGUUUUUACUUUAAUUUAAACUUCUAA